UCCGGGCCGUAUUCGACGUUUUGUCCAAAAGAGCUUCAGGUGGUUCCUCCUCUCGGACUAUAUGCGACGACUCCUCCCGCAGGACCUCAUAUGUCCCCUCUUCUCGGAUCAUAUGCGGCGGUUCCUCCCGGGGGGCCUCGUAUGUCACCCCCUCCCAGAAAUCUUCAAGUGCCUCCCACAUCACACCGGGCAGUCCCCCCCGCGCCCAGAGGGUUUCUGAUAUCAUCUCUCCCGGGGAAUUCUGUGCCCAGAGCCGAAAUUCAUAGGACCCCGAAUGGCACCCCAAACUUCAACCAGACUUUUGGCUCCGGUAGAGACGUGGCCCGCGAUGCCUUCCCUUUCCACAACCCGCCUCAGCAGCAACCUGCUCGGCAGCAAGCAACAUAUAACGGCGCGUCUCCUAUCGCCAGCCCAGGAGCAGUGGAAGGAGGUCACAGCAUGCCGGGCCAUCCCGAGCGAGAAGAACAGCAUGCCAAUUGUGCUUCAAGCGAAGCCUUGUUAUCAGAAGAAGACUGGUGCCACAACCGUCUCGACGGGGGCUAAUGGAGCAAGAUGUUCGCAGCAAGGAAGAGGGUCUCCCGGGGCCCAGAACAAUGCCGAGCAAAGAAGAGCCGACGCUGCCGUGCCUCUCGUCUCGACUUCGGCUUCUGUAGAACAGUUUGAUUGGGCUCGGGUGGAUUGGGAUCUUGUCGCCAAAGCCGUCGAUGAGGACUUGGCAAGGACGCGCCUCGAGCACCAAAAUGAAAUCCAAAAGGAAGUCGACCCUGACGGCUUCAUCGACUGGGAUCAGGCAGCGCCGCCGACAACGAUGGCGACAGUAGAGGAAGAUUCGAUGAAGCGACAUCACCUACAGGAGAAGGAUUGUCGGGGCGCCAACCCUACCUGGCGCUACGCGAUGCACAAGAGGCGAAACCAGGGCGAGCUUAGCGACUGUAUGCUCUACACCGGUACCGGCACCGACACCGACUCCGGCACCGACUCCAACACCGACUCCGAAUCGCUCCCUGCGGUUCCCCCGCUGAGCGAGCAAGCCAAGUUCCGGCCAGGUCACUUCAGCUACCGGGAUCUGUCGAACCCAGGAUCGCAGUCCGAGGGGCCGGGCAUCAUGUUAGACACGCUUUUCUCCGACUGGCAUGACGAUAACGAUCCCAGUUUGGCGGUCACGCAGUCUGAGGGGCCGGGCACCAUGCUCGACACGAUUUUCUGCGAGUGACAUGACGACAACGACCCCAGUUUCGGAGCAGAAAGCCCUUGAGCGAGAUGGCUGCACAGUUUAAUCAGUUGUCCACUCUCUCUAAUUCGUGUAUAAUUAUAUUAUUUACGUAUAGAAAGGCAAGCGUUGGUAAUAGGGGUAAGGAUAGGGGCCCCAAGAAUAGCUUCGAAGUCA